AUGGAGUCAAUAAUGACCAAUAACAGUAACACCAACAACUUCGUAUUCCCAAAUUAUGUUAUUGUAUGCAUAUUCCUAAUUCUUCUCUAUAUCUAUGGACGAUGGCCAUUUUAUCAUUUAAGAAAAUACAAAAUCCCAGGACCAGAACCAACAAUCUUUAUUGGAAGUCUACACAAAUUUAGAAAGCAAGCUGGUGAAUUUGAUUUACAAACAAUACACAAAUAUGGAAAGGUCGCAGGAUAUUAUCUUGGAAGAGUCCCUUCAAUUUUGAUUGCAGACCCAAACAUGCUUAAGGAUAUUUGUGUCAAAGAAUUUUCAACUUUUACAAACAGAUAUAGUUCACCCAGAAUUCGUAGGAAAUCAGUUUUCAAUUCAUUUUUAACUGCAAUCAAAGAUGAUCAUUGGAAAUUUAUGCGAAGUGUAUUGGCUCCUACCUUCAGCUCAAGACGAAUGAGAGAGAUGGCCCCUCUUGUUCAAAAGGCUGUUCAGAAUUUAAAGGAAAAUUUUGAAAGUUUUGCUGUAAAUGAAGAAGAAGUUGAUAUUGUAAAUGUGUUCAGUGCCUACACAAUGGAUGUAAUUGCCAGUACUGCCUUUGGAAUUGAAGUCAACUCCCAAAAGACACCAGAAAACCCUUUGGUCAAACAUGCCCGUUCAAUUUUUCGGAUAAACAUUCUUCGGUCUUUAUUUGUUUUACUCUUUCUCAUUAGACCCAUUUGGAUAGUGUAUCCUCUGAUUGUAUUGCUUCCAAGUCCUUUCAAAAAGUCAACAGCCUUUUUGCAAGAGUUUUGUGAAAAUGUUAUUAGUGUUCGCAAACGGGAUAAAAGCAAGGCUCGUGAUGAUCUUCUUCAACUGAUGCUUAGUGCACAGCUUGAAACAAGUUUGGACUCUGAAACCAAAGCUGAAAUAAAAGAUGAAGUUGAAAGUCUCAAGAUAGAAAACUUACAAGAUUGGAAAAUGAAGAGAGGUCUCAAAGAUGAGGAAGUGGUGGCUCAGUCAAUCUUGUUCCUUAUUGCUGGAUAUGAAACAACAUCAGCAACUCUCUCAUUUCUAGCUCACAGCUUGGCUUUGAACACAGAUAUUCAAGAGAAAUUAUACAAUGAAGUCAUAUCUAUUUUAGGAGAAGAGUCAGCUAAUUAUGAUAAUGUUCAAAAGCUUCCUUACCUUGACAUGUGCAUGUCUGAAACACUGAGAAUAUAUCCUAUUGCCAGCAGAGUCAAUCGAGAAGCCAAAAGAGACAUAUGUAUCAGAGGAUGGACAAUUCCAGCAGAAACUGAAAUUGUCAUUCCAAUUUAUGCACUUCACCAUUCUCCAGAAUAUUGGCCAGAGCCAGAGAAGUUUGAUCCUGAAAGAUUUACUCCUGAGGCAGUGGCUGCUCGUAAACCCUUUACUUAUCUUCCAUUUGGUGCAGGACCAAGAAUUUGUGCUGGCAUGAGAUUGGCACAUAUGGAAUUGAAAAUGGCUAUGGUUGAAGCCAUUCGAAAAUAUAAAUUUAUUCCCUGCUCAAAGACUGAGUAUCCAAUCAAGUUUAACAAUGGAAUCAUCCUGAGUGCCAAAAAUGGUAUUUGGUUGAAGGUAGAGAGACGGUAG